AUGAGGCGCUUCAUCCCCAUCGUCUGCUUCUCCCUUCUGGGCGCCCAGGCUGAGCCAUUGCCGGCAAACAGCCCAGUGUGCGACGUUGCUGUUGAGACGGCACUGUGUCUGCACAAUGCGGAGAAGAUAUUGAUGCCUGAUGCUCGACCAUAUGGCAUGGAGGUUCAUCUAACAUUCGAUGAAUCUCGUCCUCUCGACACAAGUGGCAAGAAGAACCACGGAUCAGGCGAGGUCAUGGCAGCAGCUGGGAUCGGUGGUAUUGGGAGCUCUGGCUUGUUCCGCAACAACUACGUAUACGUCCCGAGCUCCGAGAGCUUCAAGUCGGCUGACUUCUCGUACACGUUUUUUGUUUACCUCCUUGAGGACGCGAAGUCAAGGUCAAUAAACGAGCUGCAUGACCAGUUCUGCCCCAUCAUGCACAAAGGCACCAUGCGCGAAGAUGUUCAAGAAGCCUCGCCAGCCCUCCUUGUGAAUCCUCGUGAUGGACGCGUCAAAGUUGUUCUCGGCACCACUGGCAGUGCAGCACCUGGCAAUGAGAUGCAAAGCAACUCAAGACUUCGACCCCAUCAGUGGUAUCACCUUGGCCUUGUUCGUCACCAAAACCGCAUGAGGCUCUACGUCGAUGGAAUCCUUGAUUCUUCUCUCACCACCGAAGGAUCAACAAAGACCAAUGACCUCCCUCUUUUCAUUGGCAGUGCCCCUUAUGCAGAGAAUGUUUGCGACAUGCCAAUGCUUCUAGAUGAGUUCCGCAUGUUCUCAUAUGCACUUGGUCGUGAUCACAUCCAAGCUGAGGCCUCCAUAGCCCUAGGUGGCAUUGAGCCCUCAUUCCUUCACAUUGGUUGCACCAACUGCAACAAAGACGAAGCUGCAGAGUCGUGUGCCGACGGCUACCAUCUAUGCAACAAGCUGGAGCUCUACAACGGUGGCUUCCAUGUGGCUCGCAAGCUUUCUCUCGGCACAGCGCUCGUCGCCGCCGGAUCGGCGACCCCAGUGAGGGGCGCUGGCCUCUAUUGGAAAGCUGGCUAUGAAACUCGCAGGACGACGAAAUGCGUCGUGACCUGCGUAGGAACCAUGGCGCUCCACGCAGCUGCAUCUGCGCCAACAUGUGGGGUUAAGCCAGUAGACAUGCAACAAAGCUCGGAACACAAGGGAUUGAUAUGCAGCCCUGAUGAAGACUGUGCGGAAGUGCCGUCUGAAGGGAGAAUGCGUGACUUCCUCACAUUUCUUGACGAAACGGCAUCAAAUGCGCUCUUCUGUGGCGACGAAGGGCAAAAACACUCCAACUCAUCGGGUGAUGGUACUACUACUGCAGGCCUCUUGUCCAAAAUAUCAGCCCUGGAGGUUGAGCUUGAGGAUAAAGAGCACAAUCUCAAGGCCUUACAGGAGCUCCGCGAAAGGGAGAAAAUCCAAGAAGAAAGGUCCCGGAGACAGCUACAGCAGCAGAUGCAAGGAGAAUUGACUAGAACCACUGAAAAGUAUGAACAUCGAUGCAGAAAGCAACAGGAGCUGCUUAGUCAACUUCAGGAUGAGAAGAAGGGCAUGGCAUUGCGGUAUGAAAGGCUUGCCGAGGAAAUGCGCAACUUGGAGCGGAGGUUUAGGGCCAAAACGGCUGAGCUGCACAAGCAGUACGGGAGGGAGCUGGAGCGCCAAAGAAGAGCUUUGCUUUCCGGCGAAAAGAUGAAAAAACAACUGGAAGAAGAACUGGCGGCUCAGAAGGCGGUAGUGCAGAGGCAGAUGGAAGAGGCAGUAGAAGUUGAGCGGAGUCAACACCGACAAGAAAUACGAACGAUGAAGGAGAGCUUUGAAGCCGAACUCGAAAAGGAGCGCGAGGCCUUUGCAACAAAACAAAAACAACAGGCUGCUAAAUGGGAGGCACAAAUAGCCGACGGGAAGAAGCGGCUUCAAGGAGAAAUAACAAAGGCACGAGAGGAAGAGCAACUGCGGUUAAAAGAGGUGACGGCGCAGUUGCUGUCGGAGUUGGAGCAGCAGCGAAACAAACAUUUAAGAGAAAUGCAGCAGACUGAAGCAGCCGCAAGGGCGAAGGCAGAGGAAUUAAAAAAUCAAAUGAACAAAGAAAAGGAAUCUGCAGUGCAAGAGGCAGCAGAACAAACGAAGAAGGAAAUUCAAGCAGAGACGCACAAGUAA